GCAACUCCUUCUCAGCAGUCCCCUUUGCAGAUUGUAAACAAAAGUUUCGGAAGUUCAUUUAAAUGCGGUGGUUAAAUUUUUAUAACGCCGCUACUCAGCAAUUACAAAGGUUACAAAAAAGAAAACAUGUGAAAUAUGGAGUUCCUUUUGUGCUUUUGCUUGUUAUUGGUUCAUUUGGGAUCGAGAAAUUUGCAUCGCUUCGUUAUGAAUUUCGGAGAAACGAAACGUUAAAACCAGAAAAUCUUGAAAAACUAGGGAUUAAGAAAAAGAAAGUUGUUUUGGAAGAAGAAUAUGAAGAAUACAAAAAAAUUGAUAUUGACUCAUGGGAGAACAUUAGAGGUCCAAGACCCUGGGAAGAAUCACAGCAAGCUCCAAAAACAAGCUGAUAUUUUACUUGAUAUUGUACUAUAGUUAACAAAUAGCAUACUGUAAAUAAAAUAUCACUUUUUUGUA